AGUUUACCAUAGGGGAUCUAGAUAACCAUGGGGAUCUAGUAGGACGGGGAUCUAGGUGAUGCGUCACCGUAAACCGCACAUGUAAUAACAAUAAAUGUAAAUACUCUCUAUCGCGGUUUUAGUUUAUUUUCUCUUGCUCUUUAUUAUCUACGAUUGUACCACCACGAAUCAUGUUCUAGCGCCCGCCGACUAGUACUGAUUGUAGCGCGAACAUGAGUUUGCGGUGUACUCGGUGUAGCAUCAUCGUUUGGUUGAUUAGUUGAUUAUGAGCGUGUUCAACUCAAACAUAAUGUUACACUAAUAAUCACUAAUCACUAAUGUACCGUGUGCAGUCAUAGAGAACGCGUCGUGGAUUAUCGUCACAAUACUGAAUAAGUAUUGUAAUUCUGGACUGUAGUAUUCUCUCACUUACCGUACAAAUAGGUGGUUUUUAUUGGUGACUGAUAUAUAUAUAUAUAUAUAUAUAUUUCAAUAAUGGCUCCGACCGUUCAAAACAAUACAACUCAAGAAAAAAGGCCGAUACGAUCCGUGGAAAAAAGGUCCGAUUUAGUAUGUAAAGUGAAAUAUUGCAAUAUGCUUCCAGACAUCCCCUUUGAUUUAAAAUUUCUCUCGUAUCCAUUUGAUGCUACAAGAUAUAUACAAUAUAAUCCAACAUCUUUAGAGAGAUCAUAUAAAUUUGAAAUACUCGCAGAUCAUGAUUUAGGACUCAACAUUGAUUUGGUUAAUAAAGAUAAGUAUACAAUAGACUACAAUUUACAAAUGGAUAUUGCUGAUGAAAAACUUUUGGAAGAAGAUAUUUUAGCUCCACAAGAUUCUAAAAGAUCUAGACAUCACGCUAGAAGUGUAUCAUGGUUACGGCGUACUGAAUAUAUUUCUACGGAGCAAACCAGGUUUCAACCACAAACAAUUGAAAAAGUUGAGGCUAAAGUUGGGUUCAGUAUCAAAAAGAACUUUAAGGAGGAAACUCUUUACAUGGAUAGAGACAGUCAGAUGAAGGCAAUUGAAAAAACGUUUGAAGACAAUAAAAAACCAGUUGAAAAACAUUACAGCAAGCCAAAUGUCCAUGCUGUUGAAACAUUAAAUGUUUUUCCAGAUUUCAAAAAUUGGAGAUAUCCUUGUGCUCAAGUCAUCUUUGACUCUGAUCCAGCUCCAAUGGGUCGGCCUGUUCCAGCCCAAAUAGAAGAAAUGUCUCAAGCUAUGAUUAGAGGUGUAAUGGAUGAAAGUGGUGAACAGUUUGUAGCCUACUUUUUACCAUCUGAAGAAACGAUCAUUAAACGUCGUGAAGAUGCUGUUGAAUCACGUCCAUAUGAUGACGAUUAUGAAUACGAAUACAAAAUGGCCAGAGAAUACAACUGGAAUGUUAAAAGCAAGAGUAGUAAAGGAUACGAGGAAAAUUAUUUUCUUAUUGUACAACCAGAUGGAGUAUUUUAUAAUGAAUUGGAAACAAGAGUUCGUUUAAGCAAGAGACGACAAAAAAUCGGUACACAGAGUAGUAGUACUAAUACCAGAUUAAUAGUACGUCAUGUUCCAAUCAAUGAACAAGAAUUCAGUGUUCACAAAUUUAGAGAAAAACAGUUGCAGCCAUAUGAUGAAGAAGAAGAAGCUAAAGCUGAAGAAGCAGCUAAAAAAGCAAUGCAAGCUGCAAAAGAAAGUGCAAAGGAAAUUACAACUAAAAAUAAAGCAGAUAGUGAUGACGAUGAUGAUAAUGAUUCUAGAAAAGGUGAUUCUAAAAAAAAUGAUUUAGUUUCAGAUAGUGAUGUUUCUGAUGAUGAACCUACGACUAACCCUAAUCGUGCCAACAGUGAAACAGUUGAUAGUGACAAAGAAAAAAAUAAUAAACGUCAACGAUCUGCUAGUGAUGUAAAUUCUGACAGUGACACUAGUAUUAAGAAACCCAUUAGUCAUAAAGCUAGUUCUGGAAGUGAUGAAAGUGAUAAAUCUGAUGAAGAAGAUAAUGUCAAGAGAAAAGAAUCAUCUCAAAGUGGUGACAGUGAAGAAGAACGUAAAGUUAAACGCGUGUCUAGUGAAGCUAGAUCAGAUAGUGAUAAUAGUGAUGUCGAAAUGAGAAGUAAGAAAAGCUCAGAACGCGGGGCCAGUGAAGUCAAUUCAGAUUCUUCAAUGUCUGAUAAUAGUGACCAAGAAAGUAAUAGAGGUUCUGAUAGCGAUGAAUAAUGAUAAUUUAUAGGGUUUCAGUUUAAGACUUACUAGCAUUUAAUGUUAUAGAAUUAAUGAAAGAUGCUUAAUAUUUAUAUCAUCUCUCAAACUCUACAGUCUACAUCAUAUGAAACAUAUAUGUUGUAAAUUUAAAUAAAUUUGUAUAUAUAUAUAUACAUAAGUAUAUCAAAGUUAUUAUGAUAAUAUCAUAAGGACUGUUUCGGCAUGUCACUGGACUCUUAGAGCUGUAACUUCAAAUACUACAAUUUACAUGUUUUGAUCCUUUAUACAUUCUUAUGAUCAAAUAAAAACAAUUUAAUCAAGUUGAAUUAGUAUAACUGCAUGUCCCCUUAAUUUCAAUUUGUCAACCAAUAUACCCUUUUUUAUAGUUUAUAUACCUAGGUAUAUUACAUAUUACAUAU